ACUCAUCAUGUCAUUUACACAGUUUGGCUAUUCAUACUCUGCAGCACCCCAGCUUCUGAUGUCUUCCAACGCACUGGGCGCUUGCUAUGAAUCUAGCAGUGACUCUCUGUUGGAUGCUGGAGUGGCGACUUCAGCUCAAAACUCGCUUUAUUGUCCGGUAUAUGAAAGUAGGCUUGUGGCCUCUGGCCGGCAUGACCUGAUACCCACCGCUGUCUAUGGCAACACCUGCUCAAGAAAACAUGGUUAUGAUGCGUGCAGCACCUAUGGUCCAGAUUCAACUUCAUUUUAUUCUAUGGGAAAACUCAGUGGGAAAGUUGGAACAGCGACAGGUCAAAGCUCUUCGUACUACUCAUAUGAACACCCAAUCGGACAUUACCAAUAUGACAGAUACGGAUAUGGAUCAGUGGACAUAGGCACGCGAAGGAAAAACGCUACGAGAGAAACCACCAGCACACUAAAAGCAUGGCUGCAGGAGCAUAAAAAGAACCCGUAUCCAACUAAGGGGGAGAAGAUCAUGUUGGCGAUCAUCACUAAGAUGACCCUUACGCAGGUGUCCACCUGGUUCGCCAACGCGCGCCGGAGACUCAAGAAGGAAAAUAAGAUGACGUGGUCACCGCGCAACAAGACAUCAGAGGAGAAAGAGUGCGAUGACGAUCCAGACGAUAUGGACGGGUCACAGGGAAUAAAGACAGAGCAGGAGUUCAAUGGAAACAGUGGAAAGGAUGAUACAGAUAAACUUCACAGCGAUCUGGAGGACUUCGAUCUUGUGGAAUCAGACAGCUCUGAGUGUGACUCGAAAUCGUUUGCGGAGGCAAAUAAAUAUCAAGAUAACACAUUUGAAGAGUCAUUUCACGAAUCCACCGAGUUCCCGAGAGCUGUCCAUGAAUUCAGUGAAGACCGCCUCGAACCAACUGAGGACAACCAAACCAAGUUCUACCUUCAAGGCCAAAAGACCAUUGAGACCAAGCCAAAAAUCUGGUCGCUUGCGCAGACUGCCACGUCGUUAAACCAAGCCGGUUACUCAUCGUGCAUGCACAAAAGUUCUACAAACUGUGAUUCAGACAUAACAAAUAGGAAACAAGAAUCUCCAGUUGCCACUUUGAGAAACUGGGUUGACGGUGUCUUUCACGACCCUAUAUUUCGACAUCAAACUCUCAGCAACUCCAUGGAGUUAUGGACCGAAGCCAUCUCACCAGAGAAUAAUUACCAGGAACACUCAGGACCUAUUUCCUCUCAGCGAAAUGUAUAA